AUGGGCGACAAGUACGACCGUCAGCUGCGUCUCUGGGGCGCUGAAGGACAGCGUCGACUGGCCGGCACACACGUCUUGGUCCUCGGCUCGUGUGCAACUGCUUCGGAAGCGCUCAAGAACCUCGUGCUGCCCGGUGUCCAGCGCUUUACGAUAAUGGACGACCAAUUCGUGACACCAGCUGAUCGUACAAAUAACUUCUUUGUGGCUUCUGCGUCUAUUGGGGCGUCCAGGUGCGAGACAGUCGCCCAGAUGCUGCUGGAACUGAACACAGACGUGGCCGGAGGCGCUCGCCACGCGGACGUGAAGCACGUGCUCGAGACGGAGCCGCAGUUUCUGGACCCCUUUGAUCUCGUGAUGGCUACACAAUUAUUGGACGACCACGUGACGCUCUUGCUGGCCCGACUGUGUCGGGACAAGAGACGUCCGUUGAUUCUCGUGACGUCGUGGGGCUUCGUGGGCUCGUUGCGGCUGCAAGUGAUGGACCACGUGAUUGUCGAUGCAAAACUGGACCCGCCGCGGCACGAGCUGCGGCUGUCGCGGCCUUUUUCGACGUUGCAAACGUUUGCCGACAGCUUUGACCUGCCGUCGCUCUCGAGCAUUGAACACGCGCACGUGCCGUUCGUAGUGCUGCUGCUGCACGUGCGGAACGAGUGGACACGAAGAAGCUGUGGGGACGGCCAACUGCCGACGACCGUUGCCGAGAAACGUGCGUUCAAGACUUUGCUCGAGCAAAUGGCGCGGGGCGCUCCUGGUCACGAAGUGAACUUUGUCGAAGCGGCGGAGCACGCGUACAUGGCGUACGUGAAGCCGCAGGUGCCUGACGAAGUAGCGUCGGUGCUGGCAGCUGCUGCAUCACGCGCAGUGUCGGCACAAGCGCUGGAGAAGAGGAAGGACUUGGACGUCACGGACGAGUUUUGGCUCCUGGCGAGUGCACUUGCCGAUUUCGUCGAGCAGAACGACGGACUGUUGCCGGUGACUGGAGUUGUGCCCGACAUGACGGCGUCAACGGAGUCGUACGUGGCGCUACAGGAGCUGUACGUGACCAAGGCCAAAGAGGACGCGACCAAGGUGUAUGACAUGGUGUGCAAGCGGCUGCGUGAUUUGGAACUUGCUGAUGACAUGAUCGCAUAUGAAACUGUUGCGGCGUUUUGCAAGAACGCUGCGAGUAUCGGCAUGCUGGAAACUCGCAGCGUCGCGCAAGAGUAUGCGCACGUCGACUUGUCGGACGUGGAUCUGGACGACGAGGACAAGGAGCACUCGCCGUUGAUCUGGUACUUUAUGCUGCGGGCAGUGGCUCUUUUCGCGUCCGAAUUCCAUCGGUACCCUGGAUCGGAGGACGCUGCUGUGGCGCAAGACCGGGUGUGGCUGGUAGCGAAGGCGAGGGCUCUGGCUGCUGGCAGUGCCGUGGCGAACUGGAUUACUCUUGACCACGCGCUGGAGAUGACCCGAUCGUGCCAAGUUGAGCUGCACAACAUUGCCGCGUUGAUGGGCGGCGUUGCUGCGCAGGAGGCCGUGAAGCUGAUCACGCACCAGUUUGAGCCGCUGAACCACACGUACGUAUACAACGGCAUCUCGGGCGUAGCGGCUACUUACCGACUCUGA